AUGUCUUCCCAUCUCUCCGCCCUCACCCUCGCCAGCGAUGCCACCGUUGUCUCCCAGUACACCCCUGACGAGUACGAGAGGACUUCCUACUAUAACGGCAUCACCGGGGACGGCGACCACCCGGAACUCGUUUACCGUUCGGAUUUCCUCACUACACCCUUCCCCAAGCCCGUCGGCAGACACGCCCAUAUCCCUGUCAAGUCGCUCCGUGGAGUCUUUGACACCCCGCUCAAUGGUGUCUGGGACACUGUCGGUCCCAAGAUUUGUGACCUGAUCAAGGCUCGGAAGAUUAACUGGUCGUCCGUCGACCCUGCCCGCUUCUUCACCCACGGACCGUUGGGAGAGGAGGAGAAGGGGAGUCUCGGUCCCGUCGUCAUAUGGGUCGGUGUCAUUCCCGGUUCUACCUCCUCCUAUAUCGCCCACGAGGUCUCCCAAGAGAUCCUUACGCUUCUCCUGAAGAAUGGAGUCGAGGAUGCUGUUGUGGAAUGGCGCGAGGCCGUCCUGCAGCGGCUGGCAGGUCCACCCCUUAUGCGCCAUGUCGGCAGCAACAAUGCCACCCACUAUGUCCGUCGCUUCCUCACUGCUCUUCUCGGCGUUCCCCUUGCGACCGCCCUUGCGACCGAAGGGAUGGAGGUGGAGGAUGCCCAGGGCGCUCUCACCCUCUGGUUCCACGAAAACAAAGACAAGGAUGGCAACUCUAGCGACAAGGUUUACGGAGUCGGCAAUUGCCACGUCCUUCGUAAGGACACCACCGUCGAGUACGAGCACAGAGGCGGCGCACCCAAGGACCACGUUCGAGUUUGCGGAAUGCAUCGAUUCCAGCGGGGCCUCGACGAGAUCAAGAAGGUCAUCGGUGACCGCGGCAUUCUCGCCGACCUUUGGGCCCGAGAGAUCGUCACCCUGCAGGCGAAGGAGAGGCAGGACGCGGAGAACGCGAAAGAGAUCCGCGCGAAUCGACGCAACUUGGAAGACGAGAACGAGGCUAUCGCCGAUCUCGAGGCCUUCUACGACGAAGUCACGAAAUACUGGUCUGACAUUAAUCUCUACCGCAACAUUGGCUACGCGAAGGUCAAGGAUGAGUUCGAGGGCAACGUCGUUGAUCUCGGGUUUAAGUAUUCUCCUCAAGAACUUUCGGCAAUGUUCUAUCCCCUGGGUGGUGGUGCGACCACGUUCAAGUUUCCUGAGGAGAGAAAGCUCAGGAUCGAGGGUUGCGCCACAAAAGAGGACCUCGCCAACCCCGCAGAGUUCGACAGCGAAGGCCAGCGCUUCCUUAUCGUUGGUAAAGACGGCAACACUACCGACCUCACCGUCGGACGCUACGCCGGCCUGGUGUCAUUCACUCUCAACGAAGUCGGCAUCGAGUCCAUCGAGCUCGGCAUCUACAACUCGGGCGUCAAGAGUGCCGAAGCCUUCUCCGCCAAGGGAGACUCGGGCUCCCUCGUCUGGCACACGACGAACGGCAAAGCUCGCAUCGUUGGCCAACUCCACUCUGGAAAUAACAAAGGCGGCUCGACCAGCAACCAUGUUACUUAUUGCACCCCUGGCUGGUACUUCCUGGAUCAGAUCAGGAAGAAGUUCAAGCACGCUGACUUCUACUGCACCAACUGGUCAACUUGA